AUGAAAAAGAAAACGACCAUCGACAUGCAACGAUGGGCCAGCGUACUGCAAGAAUCACUCCAGCAGCAUGUUCAGGAAGGCAGCUACGAAUCAGCCAUGGAGUGCAAAUUGGCACUUGAUCAUGUGGGAAGCAUCAUGUCAAGCAUGUCAUCAACAAACAAGGAAGAAUCGUUGCAGAUCCUGCGUUGCAUUGUGCUUGAAUCCGUGGUGCCAAUGCUGAGGCAGGAUCCACCGAUCAAACUGGCCACACUUGUCGUUGGUGCUAUCUACCGCAUGGCUCAAUGUUGCUCACAGCGUUGCGCUCGUUCGUUUCGAAGUGUCGCGACGCUCUUGGCUCCCUUCAGCGUCCGAGAUUGCUCCCAUCCAUCGGUGGCACUUGCAGCGCAAGACUGCUUGCACUCCAUGUCUGUCCACUGUGUAUACGACCUGGAUACUGUUGUUGCACAUUGCCGGGACGAGAACGAUUGCUUCCACGUUACCCGGCAAAUCCCACACAUGACCAAGUCAUGGAACCCAGAGCACGUGCUGCCAUACUACGACGCCGUCGUUCAAGUGCUACACACGUGCCUCCAAAGCUUGGGCUACGUCACUCGAUGGUAUGGUGGCCAUGCGUUGUGCGCAUUAUACGCCUUUCAACUCGAACACCAAACUGAGCCUGUACCCGUCGAUUCGUACCAAGCUGGGCUCACCGAACUCAACAUCCACGAGAUAACGUCACACUUUCCGUGGUCAAUCUUGGCGCUGGACCUCCAACGACGCUCGACUCUGGCCCCAUCAGACUCAAUCUCAACAGCUCACACGACCGAUCUGAGUGAAUCGGAGUCGUCCUCGGAGUCACAUGACACGAACUACUCUCCGCCGGGAAUGUCGCCAACUUUAAAACCCCCUGGUGCAAUGUUAAGUACCUUUCUGGAUCAAAUUUCGGAUCAACAUGCAUGGACAGCCACCCAAGCGGCGCUCGCUGCCGACGCCACCCUUCGAGACCAGCACCCUCCGCUUCUCCACGCAGCCAGACUUCGUGCGGAUGCCUUAAAUGCCACGGUCAAGCACAACAGGCGCACCCCCCACGACGAAUAAGUAAUCUAUGGUUUAGAUAUGUAGCUCCUCUGCCGUUAGUACUACGCUAGCCUUCAAUUCAAAUACCUUAGUAACUACAUGUAGUUGUGUUUUGAAUUGCUAAACAUGACGAAUUAUCC